AUGGGCGGCGGAGUAGCAUUUCAAGGCACAGCGGAUACAGGCCGUGUCGAAGCUCCAGUGACAUGGAAGUCAUAUAUGAUGUGUGCUUUUGCAGCAUUUGGUGGAAUCUUCUUUGGCUUUGACUCUGGAUACAUCAGUGGAGUUCUGGCCAUGGACUACUUCAUCAGCCUCUUUACCGGCCUCCCCAUUCCAGGUCCAGGUGCAUCGAAAGCAGUGCAAAACGCCUUCGUCAUCCCAACUCCUCACAAAUCCUUGAUUGUAUCAAUUCUCUCGGCAGGAACUUUCUUCGGUGCCAUUCUUGCCGGUGAUCUUGCGGACUGGUUUGGGAGAAGGACAACAGUUAUUCUGGGAUGUAUUGUGUAUGGGCUUGGCUGCAUCUUGCAGACUGCAUCCACUGGCUUGGGUUUGUUGGUCGUAGGCCGUCUCAUCGCUGGGUUCGGUGUCGGCUUCGUGUCCGCAAUCAUCAUUCUAUACAUGUCUGAGAUUGCACCGAAAGGAGUGAGAGGCGCCAUUGUGUCUGGCUACCAAUUCGCCAUCACAAUUGGCCUUCUUCUCGCAUCAUGCGUUGAUUACGCCACCGAGAACAGAAUCGACUCCGGAUCCUACCGCAUCCCCAUGGCCCUUCAGCUUCUAUGGGCCCUGAUUCUCGCCGGCGGCCUGCUCUGGCUUCCCGAGUCCCCUCGCUACUUUGUGAUGAAAGGACAGCUCGACAAAGCCGCCCACGUCCUCGAACGCCUUCGUGACCAGCCUCCCGGAUCAGAACUCGUACAAGCCGAGCUCACUGAGAUCAUCGCAAAUCACGAGUACGAAAUGUCGGUGAUCCCUCAAAGCGGCUACUUUUCCAGCUGGGCAAACUGCUUCAGAGGCAGUCUCCUCAACCCAGCUAGCAACCUCCGACGGACAAUCUUGGGCACGAGCUUACAGAUGAUGCAACAGUGGACUGGAAUCAACUUUAUCUUUUACUUCGGAACGACGUUCUUCACGCAGCUUGGGACGAUCAACAAUCCGUUCCUGAUUAGCUUGAUCACGACUUUGGUGAACGUCUGCUCCACCCCAAUUUCAUUCUGGAUUAUUGAACGAUUUGGUCGACGAACAAUUAUGAUCUGGGGUGCUUUGGGCAUGGUUUUGUGCGAAUUUAUCGUUGCAAUUAUCGGUGUUACGGACUCCGCCAAGCCUGCUAUCUCAGCUAUGAUCGCGUUUAUCUGUAUCUACAUCUUCUUCUUUGCAACAACUUGGGGACCUGGUGCAUGGGUUGUCACCGGUGAAGUUUUCCCACUGCCAAUUCGGUCAAGAGGUGUUGCAUUGUCGACUGCUUCGAACUGGCUGUGGAACUGCAUCAUCACAAUCAUCACGCCAUACAUCACUUCCACAGCAGGUGGUGGAGUCGAUCUUGGACCGAAGAUCUUCUUCCUUUGGGGAUCUCUUUGCCUGUUAUGUCUGAUUUACGCCUACUUCCUUAUCCCAGAGACCAAGGGUCUUACGCUGGAGCAGGUCGAUAGAAUGUUGGAGGAGACUACGCCUAUGACGAGUGCCAAGUGGGUGCCGCAUAGCACAUAUGCUGCUGAGAUGGGUAUGACUGAGAAGGCGACACCUCAUGGAAUUGAGCAUGUCGAGUCGGGGAAGGAUACGGAUUCGAGCGUCUAA